AUGACCGAAUCUUCCAAUCCGACGCCAGAAAUGCUUAUGACUAGGUUAAAGAGUCAGGGGUUCUUUGAUAAGAUCCGUAAACGCUGUCUUGAGGAUGUGGAGUGCAAACCCGAUUAUCUCUACUUGAAACGCAAUGUCGUGGAUAGCAUCGUCUCUCAGUUUUUAUCCCGCCAGUGUUCCGUCGGCAGUAAGCUGGAAAUGCGCGACCGUCUGCGCCGUGAGAUACAUGACAACGCUAUUUUUCAGCGCAGUCUUAGUCAAAUGGCAGAUCGAUUGCUCGCCACUCAGGCCUCUCCAGAAGCCCUUGCUCCACCAAUAAAUCAAGUCGCUUGUGAGAUACUUGAUGUUGACUAUCGAGAUUGGCUACGGAGGAGUAAAAAGCGACAAACUCCUCAACCUUUGCUUCCUGACAUAUCCAUACCCCCACCAGUCUUAGCCGGACCCCCCGAGCCUUUAUUGCCGGAUCCAAUUUCUACAGAGGAGGAUCAUAGUCAUCCUUUGUCAACGGAUGUUCUUCCGGCACCGUCUGGGGAGACUGAGAAUCAGCCGAUAUUAGCUUGUGAAAAUGAAGUAGAAAUGGAAGUGGAUGAUGUAGGAGAUGAAAUGGAUGUUGAAUCUACCGAUUCCAACGUGUCUGUCACUGGCUACCGACCCAAACAGUCACUAAAAGCUUCAGGUGCAGACUCCUACUUUCCGGAGGAUAGUGUGCGAACAAAAUUUAAUCAGCCAGCACCGUCAUCCAUAGGUGAAUCAUCACAGCCAACACCACAGCCUGCCAUCGCAAAUUCAAGCUCUUUUUCCCGCAAAUUUUCAGCUGCUGUUGCAGGAUGGGUCCCAAAUGCAUCCAGCAAGCAGCCUGGUAUCAAUUCAGACAAUGAGACUAACCAUGAAGAUUCACCAUUGCGCCGCCGAAUGUCCCUGGCUGGUCAGUUAGCGAAGCGCAGUUCACCGCCGGUGAGUUCACCAAUUAAGCCAAAUCUUGACAAAAAUCCGUCGCCCCUCAUCGAAGGAAGACACAGGAUGUCGUCACCAGGUCAACACAGGGAUCGAAUUCGAAAGCACGGCGGUACGCUCACUUUAAAUGUGUUCGCGAGGAACUUGGAACUGACUUUCACUUGUAUUGAUGCAAUUCCGUUCCUAGGUAGUAACUAUGGGCGUCACUAUGACAAUUAUGAUCGAAAUGACUACAGACGAUUUCGAAGGAAUCGAGAAUUCCAGUUUCAGCGGCAACAUAGCAGACAUCACAAAAGCGAUUAUAGAAACUCUGAUCGUCGCGGAAGGGACGAUGGCGGACGAAGUAAUCAAAGUUUCGACAGGCAAAACUAUUUAUUCCAGGUGAGAUCUUACUUCCUUUUGAUGUCGCCCGCCAAAAAUCAUCAUAAAUUUUGUACCCAUGUAUGUGGUACCACGAAGUGCGCUCUUUUCGUUUGUGCAACGCAGAUUGAAUUGUUUUGA